ACACCGUCUCCGGGUUACCACUCUGCACUUAUCUUCCCUUUUUCAUUUCCUUCUCGCCAAACGCUUAGUUGAUAAUUAAAAGUUCCCCUUAGGGUAAACAAACUUCUAAGACCCACAUUUUCUCACACUUUCACUGAUGUCUGAAGAGGGUGCAGGGUCGCAACAGCUCCAACCCUACACGGCUGAAUCAGAGAAUACAGAGCUUCUACCUCAAUCCUCUUCCGAUCUCCAAGAACACUCACGGUACAAGAAUCGCUUACAAGAGUACACACAAAAAUCUGCUAUACAGCUCCCAGUAUAUCAAACGAAUAAUGAAGGAUCUCAGCAUUAUCCGAGGUUUAGGUCCACUGUCAAAGUGGAUGGAUCAAGCUAUACAUCUCCUAGCACAUUUUCUCAUCGAAAGGCUGCCGAGCAAGAUGUUGCCCGAGUUGCGUUGGAGGUCAUAUCAAAAAAGACAAAGGAUGCACAAUGCCCUCUUAUUCAUGAGCUUAUCCAGGAUCCAGUCUUCUGCAAGUCUAUCCUAAAUGAAUAUGCAUCCAAGAUGAAAUUGGAGAAACCGACUUACAAUACAAUUCAACAGGCAGGUUUGCUUCCAGCUUUUGUAUCUUCUUCUGUUUUCAAUGGUGGUACGUAUACUGGUAAUACCGGCAAAAACAAGAAAGAGGCUGAACAGUUGGCUGCACGCACUGUAAUCCUAUCAAUUUUGGAUGAUUCUAAUUUGAGUAUGGUUAUUUCUGAAAUCAUAAAGUCUAAAUACCGGCUUUAUAAUGCAUUGCAUAAAGUUGAGGACUCACACAAUGCCUUCAUGCCUUUGGUUGUAAAAAGAGAGACCUGCUCAGGACUGCAUCCCAGACCUGCAAUCCCAGUUCAUGAAUUCAAGAAACCAAAACUAGAACCUGAUACGUUGCCAUUUAGUCCAAUUUUAUUUGUGCCUCCUGUCAUGCCGCAGCCGCUUUAUGUUGGUUCAACUUCUGCUACAAAUCGGAACCGUAAAAACAAGAAGAAGGCUAAAAAGAAAGUGCGAGUUGAUCCUGAGUUGCCAGUUGCUGUGCUACCUUCCAGCCAUGUUCCUCCUUGUUCAGUAGCUCAAUGAGAGGCACAAAUCUCUCCAUGUCCCUUUAGGUAGACCAGCCUCUAGUACUGCAUUACUUUAUAUUGUAUCGUUGUCUCUCUUUUAAGCUUUUCUUUUAGGAUUAUUUGUCUGGUCAGUAGAUAAGUUCUGGGAAAUUGCAGGUUCCAGUUUGCUGUGCUGCUAUGAACAAAGCCAUGCCCUUUUGGGCACUCCGUAGAAAGGCCCAUAUAUUUGUUGUGUAUAUUUUUGUUAAAAUGUGGCUCAAAACUUCCUUUUCUUGCUGGACUUGAACUUUUUAUUGUGAAAUAGAAGAUAUUCAGCAUACCUUGGAUAUUUAUAAACAGUAUGUUUGUGGCU